CGAUGAAGAACCUGCAUGCGGCAUUGGCGUCCUUCGGUUUGGAGAAGAUAAUGUUGACGUCGCCAUUAAAUAUGAACGUUUUGGCCGCUAGCUACCCGCCGAGCGAAGGUCGAUUUCAGGAGGAGCUCGUGCCGGUGAUGCGCGAGAUGAUGCAGUUUUUGAACGAGACGGGAUCCCACUUGACCGUCAACGUUUAUCCGUUUUUCCCGACCUAUUUGGACCCCUCUAUACCCCUGAGUCUCCCGUUAUUCAGGGGUGAGGAGGGGUAUUACGACGGGGAGUUCCACUACACAAACAUGCUGGACGCGAUGGUGGAUGCUGUGGUGUGCGCCAUGGAGAAGGAGGGGUUUGCUAAUUUGCCAUUGGUGGUAGGCGAGGUCGGGUGGCCGACUGGCGGCGACGCGAUCGCGACCGUGGAAAACGCGCGGGUUUUCAAUAAUUACCUUGUCGGACACGUGGUGAGCGGGCAAGGAACUCCUCGACGACCGGGUCGGAUGCAGAUGUACAUCUUUGAGCUGCUGGAUGAGGAUCUUAAACCCACAGAGAUCGGCCCAUUUGAAGUCUAUUGGGGUCUGAACAUGAUGAACGGGACGCCCAAGUACGAGAUCGACCUGACGACGGGAUGGUCACCGGAUCUGACAAGGAGGGAGAAGUGGUGUGUGGCUUUGCCGAUUCUCGAUUCCGCGGCGGCGAAGCGAGCGAUAGAUUGGGCAUGCGGGCAGCCGUCGAUGGACUGCGCGCCGAUUCGUGCGGAGGGUUCUGGUUGUCGUGUGGGCGCCGACACGUCGAGAGAUGCGGCUGCUUGGCGCCAGAUGGCCGGAUACGCAAUCAAUCUGUACUACCAGUCGAGGGGGCAAGCCCCCAACGCCUGCAGUUUUGAAAACUUGUUCCAGGUAACGACAACGGACCCAUCGACUGCCACGUGUAAGCAUCCGGGAAGACCGGAUUCCUUGGUCAUUCCACAGCGCAAUGCCAACGAAACGACAGGUCGAGGGGAGGAGCCACCGCCAGCAGCAGGAGGAGGAAGGAUAGAUGGAGUUGUUGGGGGAAGGAGAGGAGGAGCUGGAGCCGUUGAAGGAGGGAGGACGGGUGCAGGGCACUCGGAUGGCGAUGCUGAUGGACACGUGUCGUCUUGGUGCGUCGCCGCGCCAGGGACGUCAACGCCUGCGCUUCAGAAUGGCCUUGAUUGGGCUUGCGGCCCUGGAAGAGUAGAUUGCAAUCCCAUCAAGAUCGGGGGUGAUUGCUUCUUUCCCAACACUGUGCGGGAUCAUGCCUCCUAUGCGUAUAACACGUACUAUCAGAGGGAGAACAAGCAGCCUCAAGCGUGCGCGUUUGGCGGCACGGCUGUUGUCGUGCAUGAAGACCCGUCGAAUGGAAAAUGCGUAUACCCGGGUAGGAAUGCAACAGAGUCCUCUCCCCUCACUGCCUUCAGCUCUCUCAUGCCUACCAUCUCAGAGCUUAAAGUCGAUAGUACCGUUGAGCACAGCGAUGGUCUUUCUUAUAAUGAUGCAGACGACGAUGUUAUUCUUGAUGUUGGUGUUGUGUAUCGUACUGAUGACAACGACGAGGAGACUUGGAAAGCAGGCGAGGAGAGAUCAAAGGGAGAAGGAGAAGGUGGGAACGAGGAGGAGGAGGUGAUGGUACCCGCGUUUUCACAUGCCCCUGGUGAUGGGUUUCAGCCGCAUGACCGGUUUGACAUGUUGCUGCUAGUUCUGGCACUGAAAUUGUACCUGCCGUCAAGAGAGCAGGCUGCAGUGCAACGCAGUCGACAAGUCGACAAUGGAGAUGUGAUGAAUCAACUCCAUCGCUUCCAUGGCGUGAUUCACAGAGGUGAGGCAGAGAUGAUCAAAGGAUUCGAUUUGACAUGUGAGACGUUCAACGACUGCCUCGCAGCAGUGGGAGUGGUUGGUGAAAACUCAGAGAGAGCCGUCGGAGGAAGAAUGCGCAUUGCCAAGUGGAACGGUGGCUUUUGGAUUGCAAUAGCGUCACUUGGAUGUGGUUUUCUUGAGUGCCAUUCUGUGCUUAUCCGUGUCAAGAGGAGAUUUCAUUGUCGCCAACGGGAAGAUAAGACGGCAUGCGUCGGAGAUUUUCCUUCUGCGAAUGGGAAGAACGAAUCUUUAUGCGUCACAGCAGCUGAACUGAAUGAGGGUGAAGACGAGGUAGAGAUCAGGACACUCACGCGGG